GUGAUCACCUUGUAUCCCUUCAACUACAUGCGUCGCCUGCCGCUGCGGGAGGGCGUCUCCGUGGGAUCUUCAGGAGGUGUGCAGCUGAAACAGGCCGGGUCUCCGGCGACGGAGUCUGUGGUGCUCCUGCAAGGAGAUGGCAUGGCAGCCGCGCCGUCACCUCCCGUGCCGGUACAGGGGAAUAAUUCGGAACUGCCCGUGGAGCGGCAUUGCAGCCCUAGACUCAUGGCAGUGAAGCUGCCCGAGCCCCUGGGCCCAAAGCUCUUCAUCCUCGGCGAGCCGGUUCUUCAUCGUUACUACACCGUCUACGAUUGGGAGCAGACGAAGGUGGGUUUCGCUUUGGCCAAUAGCCGACAGAACUCAUUGGAUCCCGCCGCCCUCCGCGGCCAGAAGGGUGAACUGCCCAAGGAGGUGGAUAUGCUUCUCAUGCAGCAGCAGAUGAAGGUGACCCGAAGCAAGGUGGUGGACGGGGAUUUGGAAGAGGAAACGCUCUUCCUACAGGUACAGGUGCACGUGACUCUCAAGACGAUAUAG